AUGCGCGAUCAAGUCCGUAGUAUUCUUAAAGCAAUGUACGAGAGAAAAAAACAAAUAGAAAAUGAGAAACAUCAAACCUCAUCCACAGGUAAAGCCAAGAGAAAAAGGAUGAGUCAAGCAGAGAAGAUUGAGAACAAAAAAGAAAAGAAAAAGGCGAAAUACGAUCACAAUGAUGAGCAAGAAAAAGACAUUGUUUGUACAAGUUGCCACCAAAAAGAACACAAGAAUGCAAGAUCUUCCUCAUGCCCAAAUCGAAAGUUAACAAAACAAGAAGAACUUCAGCAGCUCAUGGGGAAUCGAAAGACAGCAACAGUCAAAACAAAGCUAGAGACUAUUCUGCGUCCUGCUCAUAGAAGCAUAAAAGACGUUAGGAAUAUUUUAGUUCGUGCUUGUGAUAUGUCUCGAAUAUAUAAAGAAGCGAUAGAGGAAGUACAAGUCGACGAGUCUCUAUAUAACCUCUUUAUUUUAUAUAAGACGAGAGAGAGCUAA